UUUUUCCCAGGUACAAAAUGGUGUGGCGCUGGAAAUUCAUCAGAUAAUUUUUAUGAUUUGGGAAAACAUCUAGAUACUGAUAUUUGUUGUAGAGAGCACGAUACAUGCUCUGAUAACAUUGGUCCAUAUGAGACCAAACAUGAAUUAUAUAACGGUAGUCCAUUUGUCAAAUCUAAUUGUAUAUGUGAUAAUAAAUUUUACGAUUGUUUAAAACAAUCAGAUGAUGAUGCAGGUCAUACUAUUGGAAAUAUUUAUUUUAAUAUUCUUCAUUCUGAAUGUUUCCAAAAAGAAAUAGUUGAAUGUGAUAAAGAGUGGGUAUUAUUUAGAUCUUUAUGUAACAUAUUAUUUCUCGUAUAA